AUGGCAGACCUAGAGAGCCAGAGCAUGCGACUUGCACCGGCCGGCGUUAAGAGCGAUGAACAACCGUCUACAACCACCGCAAAUUUCAGAAAACCGAAGUACCAGGAAAGCAGCAAGUGCAUCGUUUACGUACUCGCGGCCAUCGUCUUCCUUGGCACAGUCUUCUUAAUUUUUGGUUCGGUCUUUCUUCGCGUAAACAAUCCUAAGCUCCGGCUACGCACCGUUUCAAUUCAAAAUUUCCAAUUCGAGAACACGAAUUCAACGUCGCUGAACAUCACGAUGUUAACCGAGGUGACGAUCGACAACGAAAACUUCGGCCGAUACGACUUCGAGAACUGCAACGCUGUUAUUUUGUACGGGAACUCUACGAUUGGUGGCGGAGUUAUUUCCGGUGGCCGUGUUGGCGCGAGAAACAUUAAACCGGUUAGUGUUACGAUGCAAAUUAGAUCUGAGAAUUUAAAUAUUAGCGGCAGUGAUAGCGAUAGUACGGAACUGAUGGAGAUUAUAAGCUAUGCGAAGAUGACAGGUAGAGUUCAUGCUCUGACGAUUGUCGAUCGGAGAAAAACAAUUGAGAUGAAUUGCACGAUGAAUCUCAAUUUGAGAAGCCGAUCGAUCACGCAUCCGUUAUGCAGCUGA